UUACAGCCAAAAUUGUUCAUGAACCAAGUUACACGUUCCCAUAGUCAACUUAUUUAUACUCUCAUAACAACCGAAUACUGUAGUUAAUAGGUCGUACAGUAGGAUUUAUAUGCUCCUGUUUAGUACGCAAACGUAAGACGUACAUAUUUUCUCCACUUACUUCUACAGUCACUUAUAUUUGCAACGAAAAUGUCUGUUUAGUUUUCAACCGAGACGUGUCUGCAGCAGUUUCAAACGCAACUAAAAUAUUUCGUCUAAUAUUUUAAUUAAGAACAAAAAUUUAAUUUAUUUUCUAAAAUUAAUAAAGAGUAAAAAACAAAAUGAAGUGUUUGAGUCGUUCUACUCUGGGUGUUGUUAUAGGCGCUAUAAAUAUUUUCGGUUUUAGCGUGACUGUUAUUUAUAUUAUAACUGUAUUGUGUGAUUUUAGUGGUUUAUCGGAGGAGGACAAACGUGAAUAUGAUGACGUAUUAAGUACAUCCGUGACUCUACUCUAUAUACUUUUGGUCAUAUGUGUAAUAGCCAUCAUUAUAUCUGGUCUACUCAUAGCGGGUAUUGUUAAGAGACGUCAGUCAUUAAUGAAACCUUGGAUAUAUUCGGCGGCGGCUGGUAUUUUUUGUCAUACAUUCCGUAUAGUAAUCGGUUUUAUUGGUGGCUUUGUAGCUGGUCUACCAUUCGGUGAUGUUUUUUGGGCAUUUAUCCUGGGCCUUUUGACAUUGGGUUUACAAGUCUUGAUAUUUUAUCCCAUCUACAAGUUAUAUAAAGAUUUACAAGUUAGCAGCGGCAACGAGCAGGAACACACAAAUUUAAAUACCGACCAGGAUAAUCCACCCUCGUAUGGUGAAUUGGAAAAAACUGGUAGAUUGUGUAAUUAAUUGCAAGUAAAUUAUACAAGAUGUUAAUAUUUAUAAGAGUCAAAAAAAAUAUAUAUAUAUUUAAUGAUAUCUUAAGUUCCGUAAUUUUCAAACAUUUAUAAAAUGUUUAAAACUCCAUCAUUUAUUUCGAUAACAUACAUACUAUGAAUAAAUCCUAUUGUCUUAAGUUUGAAAUAAACAGUUCGAACGAUAAUUAAAUUUCAAAAUAUAACGACUUUGUAUAACGUUACUUAUUAAGAGUAAUUGCAUUUAUUGCUGAUUAAUUUCAGAAUUUAUUAAAAUAUAAUAAACUAUCGGGCAUUCGUUCCAUGUCCCCUAAACUCAUUUUUAGCCAAAUAUUAAUAUGUCUCCCAUAAUAACGCUUUUAAAUAAAGUUACAAACUUUAAUUUAAAAAAGUAUAAUUUUUUAACAUAUUAUUUAUUGAUUUUAAUCGCUAAAAUUAUGACAGACAAAAAAACGCUACCCAAAUUUCGCUGGGAAUCGUUUCAAUUUCCAUUAGAUUUGGGUUUACCUUGAGAUUUCUAUUAA